AUGAAUUCCAUAGAUGCUGUUGUUCGUUACUCUCCAUUGAGAAACAAUCUUUGCAAUUUGCCAUCGGCAAUAACCACAAUGCUUUUUAGUGCAGACUUCAACAUACAACAGAUCAUAGUUGAACUAUCUUGGGUUCCUCACCAGAGAGCUGCCCAGAGGAGAAUAGCGUAUUGUGGUUGGGCCGGUGGCAUUACUAAAACAAGCUCUUCUAAUCCCGUUAUCGAGAUUGACAGGUCAUUGGCGAGUGCUAUCGAUCUACAAGAGAAUGUAAAUGUGACUGUCAACGUUCACAUAGACGCUGUGAAGGCAAUUACUGUGGAGUUGGAACCAGUUACAAGCAAUGAUUGGGAAAUAGUCGAGACGCAUGCGCAGGUACUUGAGACUUAUUUACUCAAUCAAACCCGUUGUGUUUAUCCAAAUCAAGUUUUAGUCGUUUAUCCAACUCCGCAAACAACUGCAAGGCUAUUAGUGAAAAAGAUUGAACCUGAAGUCUCUACAUUUGCCCAAUUAUUUAACGAUACGGAAGUUCAAAUUGCCCCUAAAGUUCAAAAACGUCCCAGUAUAUCUUCCGUACGUUCAGACAGCAGUGGCCACAGAAUUCGACGAGUAAGAUCUUCCACGUCAACUGCCACAGGUAGACGAUCCGUGACAAACAACGGUGAAGUGCUUCCUUCAAUGCUCAGAAGAUCCAUCACACUCCCCAAUAACACGUAUGCUCAUGUUAACGACUCAAAAUCGGGUGGUUAUAAAGUUUACUGUAACCUGAAUGAAUUGAUUCCAGCUCUGCAAAAUGCGCACUUUGUCUCGGUUUCUGUGCUGGUAGGACCAGGAACUCCAGAUAGAACCGGGUUGACAAGUAGCAAAAUUAAGCAAUUGAAUGACUCGAUUGAUCAAGCAGCUCAAACGCAAACAAAUGCUGCGGGAUCAAGCCAUCCACCAGAAUCAUCCUACACCGAGACAGGAAAGGUAAUUGCAGAACUAGUCCACGAUUCGAAAUCUCCAAAAGGCAAUGUAGGCCUUUCUGAACUGUUAGCAUGUUCUUUAGGAAUAGAGAAUACAGUGGGAAACUUGAUCUCUCUUGAACAGGCUCGCAAACCUUUAAUAAAAAACCCACUGGAUACUCUCCUGACUCAGCUAAUGCAACUACUUUCGCCUUUGCUAGAUUCUUGUACUUUUACAAAUUGUGUGAAACUUCCAAAGAUUGGUACAUUGCUACCUAAUGGAGGAUUACUACAAUUCAAGAGGAUUAAAAGCGGUUGGACAACUCCUUUAGGGAAAGACAAUGUUUCUUUGGAGAUCGGAGAGGAGAUUCUUAGACCGGAGUCAUUCAUCCCAUCUUACGAUCUCCUACCUGAUAGGAAAACUCAUGUGAGAACACAAAGUGACCAGUAUCCUACUGCUCAAGAAAACUUGAUUGAAUCAUUAUCUAAAAUUGCUUCUGGUGGGUCCCUGCUUUUUGGUACAAGUGGUAGCGGCAAAUCUCUCGUCAUAUCGCAAGUAGCACAAAUAGUCACGAACAAGGGACACUUUGUCAAGCUUCUAAACUGCGAUAAAAUUAUGAGUGAAAGUUACAAUAACUUGAGAGGCAUUUUUGAAGAUAUAUUUAGCGAGGUCAGUUGGAAAGCUCCCUCGUUACUUAUCCUAGAAGACUUAGACUCAUUGAUACCAGCAGAACAAGAGCAUUCUGACUCGAGUCAGUCAAGGCAAUUGAGUGAAUAUUUUAUUAGCAAGCUCUCAGCUCUUUCAAUAAACAGAGAUAUCACAAUUUUAGCUUCUUCGAAGUCUAAAGAAUCUCUGAAUUCUUUGAUAUUUACUACUCAUUUGAUAGAGCAUGAUUUUCAGCUGCGAGCUCCGGACAAGGAAGCAAGAAAGCAAAUUUUACAAAGUUAUUUAGAUACUCUAAAUGUCUUCUGUUCUGAAGGAGAGUUACUGAACAAUAUUGCUGUUGAAACGGAAGGUUAUUUACCGAAAGACCUGAAGGUUUUGUGUGACAGGGCCUACCAUGAUUUAAUAUCUAGGGACAUCUUAGCAGACUCUGAUUCUGAACUGGAUAUUGAAGAAUCUAGCACACCAAUUCUAAAUGGUUCAGUCGGGGAUAUUGCAAAUAAACAGUCGGAGAUAGAGAAUGGUAUAUCCGGAUUAGAGUUAACUAAUAAUUCAUCAUCUACAAUCGCAGUUGAUAAACAUGGAGCGACAAUUCAAAAAGAUAAUUUUGAUAGUGCUCUCAGUGGCUACAUACCUCAAUCUUUACGUGGGGUAAAAUUACAAAAAUCUGAUGUUCGCUGGGAUGAUAUUGGUGGUCUACGAGAUGCAAAAUCAAUUUUAUUGGAAACUUUGGAAUGGCCCACCAAGUAUGCGCCAAUCUUCUCUAGUUGCCCACUACGACUAAGGUCUGGUAUACUACUUUAUGGUUACCCUGGUUGUGGUAAAACCUUGCUCGCAUCAGCUGUCGCAGCACAAUGUGGAUUAAAUUUCAUUUCAAUCAAAGGUCCCGAAAUCUUAAAUAAAUAUAUCGGAGCGUCAGAGCAAAGUGUCCGUGAACUUUUUGAACGAGCCCAAGCUGCUAAACCCUGCAUUUUGUUUUUUGAUGAGUUUGAUUCAAUUGCCCCAAAGCGUGGCCAUGAUUCUACUGGAGUUACUGAUAGAGUGGUGAAUCAAAUGCUUACACAGAUGGAUGGUGCCGAGGGAUUAGAUGGAGUAUAUGUUCUUGCUGCUACUAGUAGGCCAGACUUGAUUGAUAGUGCUCUCUUAAGGCCUGGCAGACUUGAUAAGUCUGUAAUUUGUGAUAUGCCAGAUUUCGAUGACAGACUUGAUAUUCUUCAGUCUGUAACCAGAAAUAUGAAUGUCUCUAAAAGUGUUAAUUUGUCCAGUGUAGCUGGGGAAUGUUCAGGAUUUUCAGGAGCAGAUCUUCAAGCAUUGGCUUACAAUGCUUAUUUGAAAGCUGUUCAUGAGAAACUGACCAAGGACGAAUCGAUGGCAAUGGCAGGAGAGAUGGAUGAUAAUGAUGAUAAGAAAAGAAUGGUUGAGUGUUUUCAAUUUUCCGGAAAUACUGAAAAGAAAAGCUUAAUAGAAUUGAAACCCUCCGAUCGUGCCACUGUAAUCAAAAAGCUAGAGCACUUGUAUCAGGGCAAUGGUAACCAUGCAGAAGGAGAAACUAAAAGUAAAUUAGCUACGACUGCAGCAAACUCGGUUAUCAUUACUUCCAAAGAUUUUGAGGAUUCGCUUUCUGAAACCAAACAAAGUAUCUCUCAGUCUGAGAAAAGAAAAUUGGAGGCCAUAUACCAGCAGUUCAUUAGUGGCAGAGACGGGAACAUGCCGGAUGGGACAGCAAGCAAUGAAAUCGGAGCUCGGUCUACACUGAUGUGA